AUGUCCUCUGCUCAUGAUGCCACCACCAAGAUCUCCAUUGACAAGUUCGGCGGCGACAACUACGCGACAUGGAGCUGCUACAUGCGUGGCGUGUUCCUGACCAAGUCGGCGUGGCACGUGGUGAACCGGGAGACGUCGCCAAUCUACGCGGACGAUCGCGCCAUGGACGACUACGCGUGGGUCGCGUGGGCGCGUUUGAAGACGCUGUACGGCGGGUCGCAGAAGGCUGGACGCAUCUACUUGAAGCGUCAGCUGUUCAGCAUGGAGAUGGCGGAAGGCGGCAAUGUGAUGCAUCAUUGCAACGAAGUCCUCAACAUCAGCGCGAAGCUCAGCAGCAUCGGCGCCAAGAUGGAGGACGAGGACGUGGCGAUCUGCUUGUUGCGCAGCCUCCCCAAGAGCUAUGAGAACGUCGUUCUCAAUGCUCACGAAGAGCACAUCAAGAGGCAAGGUGACAAGACGACAUCGGUGAAGACUGAAGACGCGGCGAAGGCGUUCAGUACCGAGCGUGAACCUCGCCAGUGUACAUACUGCGGAAAAUUGGGGCACACGGUGGAAAAGUGCUGGACCAAGCAGAAGGAAGACAACCGGGGAGCUCGACGCGGCGGCAAUGUACGUGGACGCGGAGCGAAUCAAGUUCAGUGGCAAGGCUACAACGGCAACAGCAACUGUGACUAUGAUCGAGUGGCGUUUGCUGUUUCGCUGGAAUGCGGACUUUCAACGACCAAGAGCAUGUCUGGAAUGUGGGCGAUUGACAGCGAUGGGAACAAGGCUGCGAUCAACGGUGUCGGGACAAUUAUCGAAAAGGUGACCCUGUCCAACGGUGAAGAGCGCGAAGUCGAGAUCAAGAACGCGCUUUACGUCCCAAGCAUGAACAAAAACUUGCUUUCGAUACCACAAAUCAACAAAAGCGGCAAGUUUCAAGUGGUGUUUGAUGGUGGCGAGAUGAAGAUUUCGCACAAAGGCUCCAAGCAAGUAAUAGCGAUGGCCGAUCUUGUGGAUGGCCUCUACUGGCUUCGUACAUCCCAACGAUCGGUGAAUGCGGCUUCAGGACCAAGAGUCGAAAACCUUCAUGCGCGUAUGGGCCACGCACCGAUUGAUGUCUUGUGCAGAACGGUCUCCAAGGGCAUGAUCAAGGAUGCCAAGAAGCCAGCAAAAUUGAGCGGAUCAAGCGUGUGUCAAGGUUGUCUAGAAGGAAAAAUGGUUCAACGACCGUUCCCGAGCAAUCCAAACAAGCGCCAAUACGAUCCGUUUGAGCUUCUACACAUCGACACUUGUGGUCCAAUGGAAGUCGACUCGCUAGGUGGAAGCAAGUACUUGCUACUGAUCGUCGAUGAAGGCAGCGGAUGUAUUAAGGGUUUCAGUCUGCGCGCCAAGUCCGACAGCGAAGAGUGCAUCAAGAAGUACAUCAUGGCAGUACAGACGCAGUUUGACUACAAGGUCAAGUUCGUUCGACACGAUGGUGCACGAGAAUUUGCGGCGAAUUCGCUCAAGGCAUUUUACGAUGAUCAAGGAAUCGAGCAGCAAGUUACCGUUCCGUAUGCGCAUCAGACCAACGGCACGGCGGAACGGGCAGUUCGGACCAUUGUGACGAUCAGGCGCAGCAUGCUUCACUACGCCAAGCUGGACAAGUGUUUUUGGGCUGAAGCAGCAAUGACGGCGAUCUACAUCAAGAAUCGCCUACCAUCGCCCAAGUGCCAAGAUCGAACCCCAUUCGAGAUCGUCAACGGAUUCCGACCAAGUGUGAAGCACAUGCGGGUUUUCGGCUGCCGAACGUUUGUGCUGACCCCUAAGGAAAAGAGAUCGAAAUGGGAUCCGAAGGCUCGUGAAGGACUAUUCAUGGGGUACGAAGAAGUGUCAAAGGCAUAUCGAGUUUACGACAUUGAAGCGGACCAAGUGGUGACAUCUCGCGAUGUCACAUUCGACGAAUCAACGCUUGGUCUCUCGCCGAUGCUACCACAAGAAAUUGUUGAUGACACUGCGCUGGAUAUCGAAUCGAUGAACAUCAGCGAUCAGCCUCACCCCAUGCAGUUCAAGCAAACUGGAAAACGCAAAAGCCGUUCAAACAGUCAAGAACAAGUUCUACAACAGACACUUCUUGAGCGUCGUGGAACCGGGUUAGAAGAAGCAAGUGCCCUGGAUGACUUUGAAUCGCACCAAGCGAAGCGACGAUCAAGCGCUCGAGACAAUCUGGACGAAGAGCAAAAGGGCAGUGACGAAGAUAACGAGGAUGCUACACCUCAAGUCUUUUGGCGAGCGAGUACCAAUGCAGUCGAAGGUACUGACUUGUCUGAGCCGACAACGUUUGAAGAUGCUGUCGGUGGACCAGACCAAGUGCUUUGGCCAUACCAUUGGCACCAAGUGGGUAUUCAAGAUCAACGGAAAGCUGAUGGAGCCAUCGAGAAAUACAAGGCGCGUCUCGUGGCAAAAGGGUUCGAGCAGAAAUAUGGCAUCAACUACACGGAAACGUUUUCUCCGGUAGUCAAGUACGUGACGCUGCGCAUGGUGGUUGCAAUCACGAAGUACUUUGACUGGACACUGGACCAACUGGACGUGGUGACAGCUUUCCUUUACGGAGAAAUGAAGGAAAAGGUAUUCUGCGCGAUCCCAGAAGGAGUCGAAGUUGAUGAAGACUUUGACUGCUUUGAACUGGUGAAGGCGAUCUACGGACUAAACAAGCAUCGCGCUGGCGAGUGCGUGCUUUUGCUGGUAUACGUCGAUGAUGUGUUGGUGACUGGCAGCUCAGCCGAACUGAUUAUACGCAUUAAGAGUGACUUAAAGGCGCGUUUCGAAAUGACCGACAGUGGGAAGUGCGCAUUCGUGUUGGGCAUCGAGCUGGUGGACAACGACAACGGUAUCGUGACGAUGUGCCAGCGACGCUACGUGGAAGAUGUUCUCAAGCGUUUUGGCAUGAGCGACUGCAAAGCCGUCACCAGCCCAACAGACAUCAGUUCUCGACUCAUACCAAGUACCGCAGCAACUAAAAUCGACGCCCCGUUUCGUGAAGCAGUAGGCGCUUUGAUGCACUUGAUGACCGCGACACGACCGGACAUUGCCUUUGCUGUGAGUUACGUUUCGCGCUUCAUGGAGAACCCCCAAGUCGAGCAUUGGAUGGCGGUCAAGCGCAUUUUGCGAUACUUACCAGGGACUAAGUCGCACGGUAUCUGUUUCAAGCCUGAUGACAAGAUAAACUUCUGUGGCUACUCGGAUGCAGACUGGGCCGGCGACCAUGCAGACCGCAAGUCGACUUCAGGAUAUGCGUUUACCCUGAUGGGUGCUCCGGUGAGCUGGGGAAGCAAAAAGCAGUCAAGUGUGUCGCUGUCAACAAGUGAAGCUGAGUACAUUGCACUAAGUCUGGCGAUUCAAGAAGGCAAGUGGGUGCAUCGAUUGCUGUGCGAGAUUCUGGAUGCCGCAGAGGACAAGUCUGGACCCGAGCUCAAGAUCAUGGAAGACAACCAAACGUGCAUCAAGAUGACGAACAAUCCUGUGAACCAUGGUCGGGCCAAGCACAUCGACAUCAAGUACCAUCACAUUCGUGAUGAAGUCAAGCGUGGUGAUGUCAAUUUGGAGUACUGUGAGACUACGACUAUGUUGGCGGACAUCAUGACGAAGGGACUGCCAGGACCACGUCACAAGGACUCGACGGCAGCGCUCGGCAUACACGCGUGUUCGCAUUGA